AUGCAGAACGACGAGGAGCCCAGUGGAGCUGCGGGGCUCAGUGGCCCGCCGGCCGCAGCUCCCCGGCGACCCAAGCCGGGAAUCCUGCGCCUGGACAUCGGCAAACCGCGACGCUCAUCAGGUGGUUCCGUCGACUUCCGCUGCGUGGGCAGCAGCAGCAGCAACGUGGCCACUGGCGCCAACAGUGAGAACAACUCGGGAGUCACCUCGCCCCAUCAACUAUCUGUGACCUGGGCACCGCCAUGCGACUUGGAUAGAGGUGGCUGGCAAAUGCAGAGCAGCGCCGAUGCCAAGAGGGAAUUCUACAAGGGACAACGGGGCAGGAGAGCUGCAUCACAGGAGGACCACAGAUCCUACGAACUGAACGAUUUCCCAUUGCAAAACCAAAGCAGCGACGCCGAGAGCAGCCACCACGAAGCCCACUUGGGGCAGUAUCCGCCAUCAGGAGUCGGAAUAACAGGAGGAAUCGAGGAUGGCGGCGGCGGCGACAUUGACGAUGAGGAGAGCUACACAAUUUCCGUAUCGGCAAUAAUGCAGAGACGUGCCAGUGUGCGCGGCUAUCGGGGCAAACGAGGCAGCCGGAGUUCGCGACGGGCAUCCAGUCCCAUGGAUCACGUGCUGGAUAGUGUGGAGCGGCGACGCUCCAGUGUCUAUACGACAAGUUCAGAGGAGGGCACCAAUCAGGAGUCCACGCAAGAGCAAAUCUUUGAGAACAUCCGCCUGCACAAGGAGGUCAUACAGUCGGUGAAGCUACAGCCAUGGCCCAUCCGCAAGAAGCUCAAGUUGGUUCGGCAGGCCAAAACAUAUGUGGCACGCCACGAGGGAGCGCUGCAGGAGCGAUUCGCCAUGUCACGCAGCACCAGAGACUUGUGGGCGAGGUUUAAAAUUUUAAUGGCGGCACGAUGGCGACACUGGAAACGGGAGACGACCAGCUUCCUCACCGUCCUCAUUCCCUGGGAGCUGCGCAUCAAGGAGAUCGAGUCGCACUUCGGCUCCGGCGUGGCCUCCUACUUUACAUUCCUGCGCUGGCUCAUGUGGGUCAACAUCAUGAUUGCCAUUCCGCUGGUCGCCUUUGUCAUUGGGCCCGAGUAUUUUGCCACCAAACACGGCGAAACGGAUCCCAGAAAAAGGAUGUCCGACCCCGAGGCUCGUGUGGCCGGCAAUCUUUUCACAUUCUGGGAGUUUGAGGGAUACCUGAAGUAUUCACCGAUGUUUUAUGGCUACUAUUCAAGCACAUCCGGCAUUAGCACGUCCGGAUAUAAGCUGCCCUUAGCCUAUUUCCUCACCGCCGUCCUGGUCUAUAUCUACAGCUUUGUGGCCACGCUGAGAAAAAUGGCGGAAAACUCGCGCAACUCGAAACUUUCCUCGAAGGACGACGAGUGCGUCUUCUCGUGGAAGCUCUUCACCGGCUGGGACUUUAUGAUUGGACACGCGGAAACGGCCCACAAUCGCAUCGCAUCCGUGGUCGUGGGCUUCAAGGAGGCCCUGCUGGAGGAGGCUGAGAAGAAGAAGGAUAAUCGCAACUGGCGGGUGAUACUGCAGAGGAUACUGGUCAAUAUCCUGGUGAUGGGACUGCUGGGUUUGUCGGGAGCGACGGUGGUGCUGCUGGUCAAUCACUCUGAGGACCUGGCCAAGCACGACAACUGGCUGAGUCGCAAUGCGGUGAACGUGACCAUGACCCUGCUCUCCUUCUUCCUGCCCAUGAUUUUCGAGGCCCUGGGAUUAUUCGAGAACUGGCAUCCUAGGCAGCAGCUGCGACUUCAAUUGGCUCGCAUUAUGAUCCUGAAUAUGUUGAAUUUGUACUCGCUGAUGUUCUCCUUCAUCUACAAGAUCAACAGCAAAGAGAAACCGCUGCAGGCGCUGAAAAUGGAGAACGAAACGAAUACCAUGGAGCUGAAGAAUCUGCUCAGUUCGAUUGAGGCUCUCAGGGCGAUGAGCCCCACGACCUCGCUUUAUAGCGAAAGUACAUCGGAUGGCCUGUUCGAUGACUCCGCCUCGAGUUCAUCGUGGGGCGAGGAUAGUGGAGGUCUCUUCUCGACCACAGCUGCUGCCACCUUAAUCGCCACCUCGAUGCAGCGACUCAAGUGCUACAACCGGACUAUGAAAUGCAAAAGAAUGUUCUUGGGCAACAUUAUCAGUGGCAAGAACUUGGCCACCGCGUUGUUGGUUCUUAAUGUCACCACACCAGCCAUGAUGCCAACAACGCUGCCCACAACAACACCCUCAACUUCGAGUACUUGGACAACCACGGAGGCAACCACCACUACUAUUGCUACUACAACUACACCUUGGACAACUUUACCGCCGACGACAACAACCACGGAGGCAACAACAACCACAACGACUGAAAGAGCCACUACAACCACAGAGGCUCCAACAACAACCACAUUGAUUAGCACCACUGUCAAUACAACUAUAGCACCAACUACCAGUAGUACAACUAUGAGUACAGCAGCAACCACUGCUAAAACCACCAUUUUGCCUUCGAGCAGCACCACAAAACUAACGACAACCACAACCACCGAAAAACCCCAGCCAGAGGACAACUUUUCCUACACCUCAGGCGACGAUGAGGGUUCCUACGACUAUGGCAGCGAUGCCACGUCAGAUGCCCCGGAAAACAAUAGCUACUCCGAUUUUACAGACUUCUCGUCGGAACCCUCGGACAUUGAAGAUUAUGAUGAACAGAGGAGUACUGAUCAGGCAGAAGAUCCAUUGGCCAAGGUUCUGGAGCAAGUGGAUGAAGAAGAAAAAGAGGAGUCGAAGAGCCGCAGGAAGAGAUCAUUGGGCGACUCACCCUUUUUCACCAGCAAAUACAGCAGACGACAUCGCAAUGAUUCCGCCGUUUCCAGUGGUCAACCGGGGGAAACCACGGAGGCGGUAAAUGCCAUUCCCAGUCGAUGGCCCCUGAAUUGGCCCUCUGUUAUCAGGCAAACCACACAGGGCACCACCAAAAGACCACUGAAUGGAAUUCUCAGCAAGGAGGAGUGGGAGAAACUCAGGCGACUGAGGAACAGGCAAUCCUCUACAACUACUUCUACUUCUACCACAACCACCAGAAGACCCAGAAGAAGAUACCGAACGACAACAGAGGCAACCAGCACCACCGAGGAGGAAACAUCCACAACGGAGGGAUCCACCGAAUCUUCCAGUUCGGAGAGCACCACAAAUCCCUAUGAAAGCAGUAGUAGCACCACCGAGGAAGAUGAGAGCUCUUCGACCACCGAGGAAGCUCCAAAGACACCCUACUACAUGGGCAUUAUGGAUGUGUCGGAGUUCAAGAGCACUACCUAUAUGGAUAGCGAUCAGCUGGAGGACUGUGUGGUAACCAUUUGUCCCACGGGCAAUAGUAUCUUUGGUAGCACCACCGAAAGUCCCGAUGGCACCACCCUGAGCAGCGACUCCAAGCAGCUAACCACCGUGAAACUCACUCCUUUAGAGCGGAAGCAGAAGCGACUGAAGGAAGUGCAGCUGGCGAUUAAGCAGAUACAAACCAAUCUGACUACCAUGUGCUGGGAGACCUCCUUGGGCCAGGAGCUCUCCAAAGUCAUCGUUUUCGACGGGCUGAUGUCCAUUGUGGCGCCGCUGUGCAUCGACUUUCUGCGCGCCCUCUUCGUGCGGUAUGUCAAUCAAAACUGGUGCUGGGACAUGGAGAAGACCUUUCCCCAGUACGGUGACUUCAAGAUAGCCGAGAACAUCCUGACGUUGAUUAAUAACCAGGGCCAAGUGUGGAUGGGCAUAUUCUUCUCGCCGGGCCUGGUGCUCAUCAACCUGGUCAAAUUGAUGAUCAUGAUGUACUUCCGUUCGUGGAUAGUGCUCACCUGCAAUGUGCCGCACGAGGUGGUAUUCAAGGCGUCCAAAUCGAACAACUUCUACCUAUCGCUGCUACUGACCAUGCUCUUCCUUUGCGUCCUGCCCGUGGGAUAUGCGAUCGUUUGGCUGCGUCCUUCCUGGCAUUGUGGUCCCUUUUCGGAGUACAACAGGAUAGCUGAGUUUAUCACCAACACCACCAGGAAUGCGCUGCCAAAACAACUCCACGAGCCGCUGGACUAUCUGACCUCCUCGAGCACUGUGAUUCCACUGCUCCUGCUGCUCAUCCUCAUCAUCUACUAUCUGGUCUCCCUGACUGGCGCUUUGCGAGAGGCCAACCAGGAUUUGCGCACCCAACUGCAGAAGGAACGCGAGGAGGAGCGCAAGAAGAUCUUCAAGGUACCGGAGGUCAAGCAGGCGGAACCGACGGCCACCACGCUGACAAAUCGGUGGCGCAAAGUUCUGGAGGCCAGCUCUCCGGUUACACCCACCCAACCGCCCGAUUUCGACACGGAGGAGUACAAAAAUCAGGCCCGCAAAGAGCUAAUCUCACGCAUCAUGAAGAAGGCGCUGCGCAAGGGAUCCGCCACCUCCGAUGAGGACUCCUUUGUGCGGCGGGAUGACGAUGACACGGACACCGAGCACCAGGACUCCCUGCCCCACGACGAGGAGGCCAAGGACAAGCGCUUCGGCCUGUCGCGAUUGCAGCAAAUCCGCCGCACCCGCAAACCCUCGCUCGUGGACAUCGUGCAGAUUGCCAAACAGGAGCGGGCACGGGCUGGUUCUAUAGUGGCCGGGACUAGCUCCUCGGCGAAUUUCCCUCUCAAGGAAACCCAUCCCAAGAGCCGCUUCAAAGUGGAGAAACACAGGGGCAGCGUGAAGGAAAAGGAAAAGGAGAAAAAGGACACCAAACACAAGCAGCCGCAGCAACAGCAACAGCCGCCUCCCUAUGAAUCGCCCAAGGACAAGGACAACGAACAUGAUCCGGAUACGAAUUCAAGGAUUGUCAGCGAACGCCGCGCCAGUUUGCUGAGGCGCCACAAGGAGCAGAAGGAUGAAGAGGGCGAGGUUGAGGAAUCACCAGAAACACCACAAACACCCAACAUGCCAGUUGAGUCAGUGGAACCGAAUGCCGAGGAAUCCACACCCGUAACCCCCAAAUUCCACAUAGUUGAUGAAAAGAAGGAAGAUAAACCCUCACCGACAAAUAAAGAAAGUGGUGGUGGUGGAAGUUUGGGCAAGUUCAAGUUCCGCAAGCACAAAUUCAAGUCAAAUAAUCCCGAAGUGUUCAAGUUCGAUGAGCGAAGUGUGGAGAGGAGCUCGGAUGUGCCUGCCCCUCCAGCCCCGGAGCACCUGACCAGCGAGCUAUCUGGAGGUGAGCAGGAGCAGGAGCGGAGUCUGCCCUCGCCCACGCCCAGUCAGGGUCACCAGGGUCAGGGUCAGGGUCACCACCAGCGGCAAUUGUCGGUGCUGUCUCGACAGGGUCGCAAGAAGAUCGGCAACCUGUUGGCCUUGGUUCGCGAAGCAGUCAAUCUCAAGAAGGACGAACCGGAGCAGCCUGGCUCGGAUGAGUCACCGGGUCCGACGACGCCCACCUAUUUGGCCUACACGCCGCCACCGCCGCCCUCAGUAUUGUCCAGUGUGUCCAGCUCCACGGCCCUGGAAAUGCCACCCACCCCGGAACCGGAGUCUCCGACUCCCAGUGCUCCACUGCAUUUUGGCAGCAGCACUUCCUCAUCUCGUCCGCCGACUAAACCACCCAAGCCUCCCAAAGUUCCUUCCACUGGCGGCACUGCUCCAACGGCCACCGUGGACGAUGACCUGGAGGAACUGGACACGGCCGGUCCCAUUACCUUUCCCAAACGCAGCGAUUCCCAUCGACGCCGCACGAUGCGACAGGAUUCGCAGAGCUCCAUUUGGUCGGAUAAUAUACCCACCAUCACGAUCAGCACCACCGGCAGCGAUGAGUGCAUUGUGGAUGCAGCUGCUCCACCAAAUGGACUGCCCGAAUCGCGAAGUACCUCGCCGGAACCCGCGGUCAACAUAAUUAAGAUCGACAUCGAGAAGGAGCAGGAGUAA